AUGUCGGCCAGCGUAAAAGCUGCAAAGCCGAAGGCGCUUUGCCUGCGCAACCCUGAAUGGGUUGGCGAUGACUUUCUAGACAAGUUCCGUGAAAAGUUCGAGUUACACGUCAUUGACGUUCCGGACCGGACAGAAUGGUUCCUCAACAUUGACCAGAAGGUCAAACAGGACGGUCCAUUCCAGGCCAUGAUGAUUCGCAUGGGAACUCAUCCAUACGGCAACUUCGACCGCGACUUUUUUGCACCGCUUCUUCCUGACCUCAAAAUCAUCGCAUCGGCAUCUGCAGGUUACGACGAGUUUAGUGUUGACUGGAUGACGUCUCAAAACAUUUGGUUUUGCAACACUGUUGAUGCAGUUUCCGAAGCUACUGCCGACAUGGCCAUCUUCCUCAUGCUCGCCGCCAUUCGCGACACCACUCGUGCCGAGAAGGCAGCGAGGGAGAGCAGGUGGCGGGCAGACCACGUACCAAGUCGUGACCCCGCGGGCAUGAAGUUGGGAAUCAUCGGGAUGGGUGCUAUCGGCAAGCACAUUGCACGGAAAGCGAGCGUCUUCAACCUGGACAUCCAAUACCACAACCGGAGACGCCUUUCUGAAGCAGAUGAAGCGACAUACCACGCCAAAUACUGCCAGACCAUGCAAUCAUUGCUUGAGACUUCUGAUAUAGUCUCCAUCAGCGUGCCAUUGAACGCCGAAACGACUGGCAUGAUUGGUGUGGGGGAAUUUGCGGCGAUGAAGGAUUCAAGCAUAUUGAUCAAUACCUCUCGCGGUGCAGUCAUUGAUGAGCAGGCACUGGUCAACGCCUUGGAAUCUGGAAAGAUCUGGAGGGCCGGCCUGGACGUCUUUUGUGGCGAACCCAAAAUCCAUGACUAUUUCAGGAAGAGCGAGAAGGUCAUAAUCCAACCGCACAUGGGAGGACUGACCCAGAUGAGUUUCAGAAAGGCAGAGAGGGAGUGCUUGGAGAACAUCAGGGCUUUCUUCGAAACCGAGCGUCCAGUAGCGCCGGUGAAUGAGCUGGGUGCUUGGAAAGCAUACAGCGGGUGA